CGAAAACGAUUACAACAAUGAAAUAUAACAACAGUUUUUAUAAAUGCGUUAGAUCAUUGAUUAUUGAUCUUGGACAGAGGGGUAGAGGUUUACGAGGCAGGUCCUUUCUUUUUAAUGGUCCAAGUGUCAACCCAAUACAUACUCUAAGGCCUAAUUCAGACUAUUUUAGUAAUUUAGUCAAGUACUAAAGUAGUCCGAAAUAGGCCUAAGACCAAGGAAAUCAAAGAUUACACUCCUGUCACUGUCAACCUAUUGACAUUGACAAUGACUUUGACAGUAACUAAUGAAUUCUUGAGCGUUGUGUAGUAAUUGUAAAUUGAAAUUGUAAAUUGUAAUGGAAUUUAAAAGGAUCUUAUAAUAAAGAAUUAUCUUAAAUUUUGAUACUUAAAACUCAAUUAACAUGGCGAAUCAUUAUGAAGUACCGAACUGGGCUGGAAAACCACCAACUGGACUUCAUUUGGAUGUUUUGAAGGGCGACAAGUUGAUACAGAAACUGAUGAUAGAUGAGAAGAAGUGUUACCUCUUUGGUCGCAACCCCCAGAUGAACGACUUCUGCAUAGACCACGCAAGCUGCUCACGUGUGCACACCGCAUUUGUGUACCAUAAGCAUCUGAACAGGGCCUUUUUGGUUGAUUUGGGAAGUACACACGGUACAUAUAUUGGAAACAUGAGGUUAGAGCCUCAUAAACCAACACAGUUGCCUAUUGAUUCCAUGUUUCAUUUUGGAGCAUCAACAAGAAAUUAUAUUAUUAGAGAGAGGCCGACAGGCAAUGCUCGGGGUAUUAUGGAAGAGUUGCCAAACACUGAGACAGAAGGUGCCUUACUUGGAUUGCCAGAGACACAGACAGAGUUAGACAAUCUUACAGAAUUCAAUACAGCACACAAUAGACGAAUUUCAAUGCUGGGCAUAUCUACUGAUGACGGAACAGAUGUUAUGAAGCCGCCAACUGGUACUAAAAGAUCAGCCUCAAUGUCAGGAGGUGUGGCCAAGAAACAGAAGCGCAAUGUGUCAUUCAACGAGGAGGUUGACAUCAUCAACCCGGAGGACAUUGACCCCACAGUGGGCAGGUUCAGAAACCUCGUCCGCUCCACCAUAGUGCCUAAUGCGAAUGCGUCUAAUAAGAAACUUAAAUUGCAGAGUGCAGAUGAAAGUCAGCACCACCACUCUCUGCGGUUGCAGGAGAUCUCUAGAAGCAACAACUUGUACUCUGACCUGCCCGCGCCCAGUUCACAUUUAAGUCUUAUUGGAGCGAGGUUGGGUCUCUCGUUGCCGAAUCCAGCGCCUGACGUAGAGUUGGAGGGGCCGGAACCACAUCUAAAUAUUCAUCCGCCUUUGCCGGCGGUCGAAGAAUCUGCUCCGUCCAGUGAGCCGAAGAAAAAGAAGUACGCCAAAGAAGCGUGGCCGGGAAGAAAACCCGGCCUUAUCCCUGGUGUUUAAGUGUACAGUGCAUGUACUGUUGACUAGUAACUGAACUAUUCGUAUAGUCCAAGGUCAGACGAACAUGUCCAAUGCUCAAUUUCUCACACUCUAUACCACUGUAGAAGUGUACACACGAUACACACACAGACAGACAAACAUUAACAAACAAGUCAAUAAUUAAAAAAAUAAAAGAACCCGACUGUCUAAGUCUAACCAGCCCUAUAGCCAAGUGGCACGUCGACUCUCUUUCUACGAUCGCAAACGCGUCGAAAACUAGAAAAAUGUAUGGGAAUGACAGAUCUUGAUCACGUGACCUGUCGAUAGCAAAUGUCAUUCCCAUACAUUUUUCUAGUUGUCGAAGCGUUAACGAUCGUAGAAAGAGAAUUGACGUGCCACUUGACUGCUCGCACCUAGUCAUCCGCCUCGCAUAUUUUGUAUAGUGAUUAAUAAGUAACGUUUUUUUUUUAAAUAUAGCCAUGUUAUACCAUUUUGAAAUCCUCUUGAUGAGCCCUUGAAUUUGAUACCCAUAUCGCAAUAUUCGAGAAAAAAAAUGUUUUCACCUCGAGUCUAUAACGUCUCACAGUCGUCAUGUUGGUUUUUUUUUUAAUUUCACCUAUCUAAGAAUACUUGGGUUAUUAAGACAAAUCUUACAAUAUCUUCAGUGGUUUGGAAGAUAUGAGGUACUUAAGAAUAAUAUAUGCAUACAUACAUACAAGAUAGUGCGAAAAAAGACACUGGCUAAGUAAAUUGUGCUGUCUUGGCAUAACUAAAAUCCAUUAAAAUAAUAAAGAAAAACAAGAAUUUUCCCUACGAUUUCGUUGCCUUUAUAGAUUUUGUUUUAAACCGAUUUCAAAAAACUAUUAAUAUUGUCAGAAUUUCAGUUUAUAUGUUAGUCUAAACCAUUGAUUCCCAAAGUGGUCCAGAUGGACCUCCUGGGGUCCGCGUCCCAUACAUUGAGGGUCUACAAUUCGUAAGCUUGGCACGAAAAUUUAUCGAGUGCUUUCAUACAUACCGCAUAAGGGAUUUUUUAAAUUGUAUGAACUUGUAAUAAAAACCGGGUCCACCGGAACCAGCAAAAUUUUGAAAGUGGUCUAUAAGAAAAAACAAUUUGGGAACCAGUGGUCUAAACAUAUAUGCUAAAUUUCACAAAUGUAUGUAUGUCCGCGCAUAUCUCUAAGACCAAUACAACGACCAAAGGUGUUCUCCAACUUAACUUAGUGCAUGUUUCAUCAAUAUUGGUUCAAUAGUUUUGAGAUAUAAAUAAAAUAGUGCAUUUAUUUACUAUAGAUUUCAUUUUUCCCUUUUUCAAGACAUGAGGUUGGUUUAAUUUUUUAGAUUAUAUUUUAUUUGCACUAGUGAUUAAAAUGGUUCUUGCUUCAUUCUUAUUGUGACUUAAAAUAAAUGUGUGUGUAAUGUGAGAAGUCAGUGUAACAAGACAGACAACAUAAUAUCUAAUUUUAUUAUAGAAAAAUAUUUAUAUAUUGGAGUGCAGUAAUUUUUGAAUGUAUAGCAAUACGCAAACACCAAUUUUUAUAUAGAUAAAUUUAACACAAAUAAUAAUGAAGUUCUUAGAUUAACGAUUUAGAUUUAGAACAUAGAUAGAUCAAGUCCGACUGAAAAUAUGUUAAUGAAAUUAAGGAAGUUACAUGAAUAUAUAUUGUUACUUAUUAUUUAAGUAAAUACUAAAUAAGAUCGCUUUAACACUGCCACUUACUUAUCAAUCAUCAAUCUCCUAUUAAAAAGUGGAUGCACAAUCAGCGACCAAAAAAUGUCCCCAUUCAAUGAGUCCCAAACACAACUUCUUGGCUCUCAAUUCAAGUAGUCUCAUUUGCAAAUUUAACCUUAAACUCAAUACUUAAGGUUGAAUUUGCUCUGAAUUUGGGAUUUUAUUGAAUAUUGGACUAUAUUUAAAGGCCUUUAGGUAUAAUUUUCUUUACCGCGAUAAUUCUAAAACUGUCCAAGCAAAAUUGGCCAAUUUUUCAAGUAAAAUUUUCUACAUGAUUGUGCGUCCUUUUAUUAUACGAGGUCAAUGUACGCAAUCGUCAAUAAAAUACAAGUUUAUUAAGAUUACAUUAACUUAAUUCAUACAAAAAUCUACUCACAAAAAACUGUUAAUUGGUGCCAAUUCAGCAUUUAGUAUUUAAGACACCAAUAAUAUUUUAUCUUCACUAAAUUCUGCAAUAAACGGUACAAUAGUUAAAAAUAAACACAUCUCUCAGAAAAGAUAAGAGCCGUGAUAGCCCAGUGGAUAUGACCUCUGCCUCCGAUUCCGGAGGGUGGGGGUUCGAAACCGGGGCAUGCACCUCCAACUUUUCAGUUGUGUGAAAAACAUCGUAAGGAAACCUGCACACCAGAAAAUUUUCUUAAUUCUCUGCGUGUGUGAAGUCUGCCAAUCCGCAUUGGGCCAGCGUGAUGGACUAUUGGCCUAACCCCUCUCAUUCCCAGAGGAGACUCGAGCUCAGCAGUGAGCUGAAUAUAGUUUGAUAAUGAUGAUGUAUAUUUCUUAUUGCAUGUUAUUUAAGAUUUUCAUCUGUGUGCUUAGUGGGAGUUUUCAAUAUUUUCAUACUGUUACUAUCGCGUUAACGUAAACGCGAAUUUAUAUAAAUCAUAAACAGUUGUGUAGUGCCACUAGACGGCGCUGUUUCAAUUUCUUUUCUUAGAAAUUCGCGUUUACGUUAACGCGAUCGUCACAGUAUCAAACUGCCACUAGGCCCUCUGAAAAUGUUACGUUUGUAUCACAACGACAUCGGAUUAUUGUCUCGUUUCGUCAACAUACACAUUUUUUUGUGGAAAAUAGAAAAAUAUUAAUUUGUUUGUUGUUAAUUGGCUUGAAUGUAUUUAAAUUCCCAUAUGAAUUAAGCAAUAGUGUACAUUUUGUAUAUUAUAUAGGUAGAUACGGUUUAAUUUUAAGUGCUGUGAAUAGUUUUAAUUAUCUAUACAUUUGUAUAAAUAAAAUUAUAAUUUCA